AUUAAAUAAUGUUAAUGUAAUAUUUUUCAGAAUGUGGAAGGAGCUAACCUUAAACACUUCGACCGACGACAAGCGAUAUCGCGUUUGGGAUUACCCUAUAAGAGAACAAUACGGUCACAUUCUUCUUGCCAUAAACGAUUCGAAUCCAGUAGCAACGCCCGAAGAAGGCUUCAAAAAUGUGAACGAACAUCUCGACGCUGAUUACGCUUUCAUUCACGAUUCCAGCGAAAUCAAAUACGAAAUUAGCAGGAAUUGUAAUCUAACAGAAGUUGGUGAGGUAUUCGCCGAGAAACCGUAUGCCGUCGCUGUACAACAAGGAAGCCACUUACAGGAUGAUAUCAGUAAAGUGAUUCUAAAACUUCAAAAAGAUAGAUUCUUCGAAGGAUUACAAGAGAAGUAUUGGAACCAUUCAGCCAAAGGUGAUUGUCCCAGUACAGAUGAUAAUGAAGGAAUAACCCUGGAAAGUUUAGGUGGUGUUUUCAUAGCUACUCUAUUUGGACUAGCUCUAGCGAUGCUCACUUUAGUAGGAGAAGUGUUCUACUACAGACGCAAGUAUAAGACUAGACAGGCCAAAAAAUUAGGACCUAAACAACAAUCUGAGAAACCGAUAUCUACCUUGCAGUCUCCAUUUUACCCAUCGGAAUUGAAGCCCAUGACCAUUAUGAUAAAACCUGCAAAUUUUAAUGAGUCCAAGAAAGAAGACAACUGGAAACAGUCUAAUAUUAUUUUGUAUCCCAGAGGUAGAAAUAUGAUUUCACAAUUUAAAUAAAAGUUUUCAACUAGGAUAUUGAACUCAAGGAUGAUUAUGACAUCUCAAGAACUGUAUCUUACUUUUAAAAAGUAGGUAGGUAGGUAGGUAGGUAGAUACGUAAUUUUUUCAAAGCAUCAAUACAUUUUAGUUAACAAACCACUAGACACGCAUGCAGUAUCAAGUGGUUCGAUAUUUAACAACUUAAUCAUUCAUCACAAAAUGUAAAAAUAUGACCGUUUAAGAUAAACACAGAAAUCUAAUGGAAAAUUUUAACAUCCACCACCGCUAUUAUCUUUAUUUAGUUUUAACACUAUUUUUAAGAAAUAUAGUACAUUUAGAUUACGGCACUAUUACACAAAAUAAAGCA